AUGUCGGUAUCUCCGUAUUCCGUCCAGCACGACCCCGAAGUCCAAGAAUACAACAAACGCCUCGCGGCUUGGAAGGCUUCCGAGAAGAGUAGGAAGCAAGAAGAGAAACUUCUCCGAGAUCAGGCCAAGAGGGACCGAAGAGCGGCGUUGAAGCAGAUAGCUAAGGCGGAAAAAGGUGAUUGUAUUGAAUUCGUUUGCGUCUGGUGA